GCAGAAACAUAACCUACUAGAGAAUUAGUGUUUUCGAUUUGUCAUUCUGAAAAUCUUGACGAAUAAACUUUGUAAUUUUUGAAAAUCAACAUAUUUUUGUGUAAAUUCGAUUCAGAAUGGCCACUGCUAUGGACGUCGAUUCCGAAGAAAUUGAAUUACCAACUUCAAGCAGUUCGAAAGGCGAGAAAAAACGUUUUGAAGUAAAAAAGUGGAAUGCUGUAGCUCUUUGGGCUUGGGAUAUUGUUGUUGAUAACUGCGCUAUAUGUCGAAACCACAUAAUGGACUUGUGCAUUGAGUGCCAGGCAAAUCAGGCCUCUGCAACUAGUGAGGAAUGCACUGUAGCUUGGGGAGUAUGCAACCACGCAUUUCACUUUCACUGUAUUUCAAGAUGGUUAAAAACUAGGCAAGUAUGCCCUUUGGACAAUAGAGAAUGGGAAUUCCAAAAAUAUGGUCACUAGUAAGGCAUCAACCUACAAAUAUUCGAUCUUAUUUUGUUAUUAGUUAUCUCGAACUGUUAAAUUCUAAUAAUACAAUUUCAUUUCUGUGUCCUAAUUGUACUCUAUCUUUUAGGUUUUUUAAUAAACUGCUUUGUCAUAUCGAAAAAUAUAUCAAAUUUGUAUCUGAU